CGAAAAGGAUCCAGGUGGUCAUUCGUCGAGUCGUUCGAUCGUGCUCGGCCAGUAGAAAAAGUAAUAUAUUACCAGAUAUCGUGAUAUCGUGAACCGAUAUAGUGUAACUAAAAAAAUAAGGAGUAUCCACUGAAACGAGAUAAAUCGAUGAGGAUGAUUCAGCGGAUUCUUUAUUGAAUAGAUCAUUUUUGUUGGAUUGGCCAUCAGAUAUGCGCUGGUUUCGCGGCCACGCUGAGGCACCGAGACUUUUGCGCCUGAGUCCUCUUCGAGCUGAUGAAGAUGUUAACGAAGCAUCUUAUCAAUUUCGCACGGCGUCUCGAGGUAGAGACACGUCGCCGGUGCGAUGGGUCCGUAGGAAAUCCUCGAGUUCCGAGUCCGAGAGGAACUGUUACAACGUGCAGACCUCCCAAGUGACAACCGAGCGGACGACCAACAAGAAAGACAAGAAGAAAAUCCAGGACAAGCGACGGAGAGUGUGCGAGAAGCGAAACCCUCUGCUGGACCGUGUGAAGAGCACCAGAUUGAGCUUCUUCAAGGACCGGGACUCGGAGGACGAGGACGAGAACGAAGAGGGCGAGAACGACGAGGCGGAGCGCGUUCAAAUCCGUUCGAUGUGCGAGCUGAGGCAUCGCGGUCUAAUCAGAAAUGAGUUCCGGCGAUCCAUCUGCGAGUCCGACCUCCUGCAGGAUAAUAUCACGGAGGAGAGCAAGAAGAGUCACGCGAAGAGGAAACGACGCGCCAAGUCGCAGAGCAGGUUGCCGUACAAAAAGCAUCAGGAAGAGCGGUUCUCCUUUUUAGGCUUUCGUACCUCGACGCCUCGAAAGGCGCGGCCUUCUGAAUGGUCGAAGGAGGACUCGGUUCAUCAGGAGGACGCGAUGCCUUAUGACUAUCGGUGGGAGAGGGGCAGCAAGUACUUCCUCCAAGACAGCCGUAGUCACGAGCAUCAUCGGUCCGUCGAUCACCAAAUAGAGGAGACACCGCAGACAGCUGACACGAUCCUGAAGAAAGACACGCAGUUCGACAGUAUCACGCCGUCCAGCUGCCUGGCGGCGAAAUUCCGCGCGAUGCAGGACAGAUACCUGAAGAGCUCGACGAGCAAGCUGAUCGCCAAGAUCUACAGGAAAGACUGCAAGGACCAACGAGAGAGACGAAGACUGCGUAGCUUCUCGUACGGCACGCUGCCGGGUCUCGAGGAGCUGCGGACGAACCCGCUCUACGAGAAUCACCUGGAGCAGGACGACAACGACUCCGGCAUCCUGGACAACGAUUCCGCCACCAGCUCGCUCCUCGACGACAGAUGCAGCAGUGGUGCUUCCGGACCGCUCAAUGGCAGCGGUAGCCACCACAACGACUCUUGUCUAGGCUCGCCUCCUCAGCUCCCGCCCAGAAGACCCUUCUCGGCCGCUGUGGUGGACGUCGACCGAGCCGCGCGACUCUUCUCCAGUUUGGACAUGUAUCACGACGAGGUGAAAGACUUCGUCACCGAAACGAGCCUCAUCGACGAGUACCCGAGCAUCUGCCAAGCGGCGAACGGCACGCUGAUAGAUCAACGUCAGGUCAGCUCCGCGGAAAAGAACAACGCGGAUCCAGGGAGAAAAGAGAGAAACAGGGACGACGAUUCUAACCGGAUGCGAAGUGGCGUUGGCUUGCAGGCGAUCAAAAGCAAGACCUGCGUGACGGAAACGAUGGUCGUGAAGUUACCCAAGGAGACGUCCGACCAGUGUCUGGGGAUCUUCAUAGCGAAAACCGCGGAAUCCAGUCCGGGUUACUUAGUGGCUCACGUGGUGCCGAACGGACUGGCCGACAAGGAAGGCACCUUGAGGAUCGGCGACGAGAUCCUCAUCGUCAAUGGGAAGAGACUGCGAGGCCUGUGCAUGGCGGAGGCCAGGAGGAUCCUGGGUAACGGUAGCGGGCCCGGUGAUGUCGACAUUGUAGUCUCCAGAUUUUCGGACGUCGAGCAACGUGCGAAACGGUUGAAGGAGAGCAGCGUGGAUUACGAGAACGUCAACAUGGAGGACGGUCAUGGGACUAUCGUCGAGACUUCACCCGGCUCGCACUUCAGGAAGCGUCAGACGGCGAAGAGCCAGCGGGACAGGAAAGACGAAUCGAACAGGUCGACCUCGUCGGAGAAAUUCGCGACGAGCAUCGACUGCGGGCUGGCGCGCAGCGUCUCCAAGUUCUGCACUCUUCCCAGAAGACCGAGGAACACCGUGUCCACGUUCCUCACAGUGGUCUUCGAGAAGGGUGCCGGCAAAAAGUCCUUGGGAUUUACCAUUGUUGGAGGAAGGGACAGUCCGAAAGGAAGCAUCGGUAUCUUCAUAAAGUCGGUACUGCCUGGUGGACAGGCCGCCGAAGAUGGCCGUUUGCGCGCAGGGGAUGAAAUCUUGGCUCUGAAUGGCCACGUUUGCCACGACUUGACGCACCGAGAAGCCGUACAACUUUUCCGCAACAUCAAAAAUGGGCCAAUUGCUUUACAUCUGUGCAGACGCGUGAAAAACCGUGAAACACAAGCACCGAAAGCCAAGUCGUGUGCAGAUCUUUUGCUCAUAGACACGUGAAAGUGUCAUUUGUUGAAGACAAAUAGAAUGCGUUACAACAAAUCAUGUAUAAAUAUGAAUCAUGUAUAUAGUGUACAUUGUCGAAACUCGCUAGAAAUAAAACAAUUAUUUAAUAACAA